GCUUUUCUUUUGAAGGCGGCGUCCUCGGGCUUCUCUGGCGCAAGACGGCCGCUUGACGCCUUUCGGCCGCUAGUCGGCGCCAGGCGGAGCUCCUCUCCAGAAGGCGCGACGAUGGCAGCACAAGAUGGCCGCUAAAGGCACCGACGACGCGACCUGCGGCUCGGCGAGCGGCUCCGUCGCGCCCGCCGUGAGAGCCGGACCGGCCACGGUCACCGUGUCCGCCGUCAGCCUGGCGCUGAGCGCGCUCUCGCUGCUGCUGCUCGUCACCGCCAUCGGCACCGACCACUGGUACGAGACCGACACCCGCCGCCACAAGGACAACUGCGACCGGCACGGCUCCGACUCCAACGGGCAGAAGAACCGCGAGAUGCCCAUCUUCCACCUGCCCCUGGUGGACACCAGCACGCGCGACGUGGCGCUGAUGAAGCCCGUGCACGUGGGCAGCCGGGAGGAGGAGCUUCUGGAGAACUGGCGCGCCAUCCUGGGCAUGGGCAUCCUGGAGACGGAGUGCGGCCGCCCGCUCUUCUCCACGCACUCCGGCCUGUGGAGGAAGUGCUACUUCCGCGGCGUGGACGCCGACAUCGACAAGCUCAUCGACAGAGGUAUCGCGGAGCGCUGCACGGCGGUCAAGUACCAUUUCUCUCAGCCAAUCAGAUUGAGGAACAUCCCGCUCAACCUGACCAGGACCAUCCAGCAGGACGAGUGGCACCUGCUGCACCUGCGGCGCAUGACGGCGGGCUUCCUGGGCAUGGCGGCGGCGGUGCUCCUGUGCGGCGGCAUCGUGACGUCGGUGGGCUUCUUCUGGGAGGGCAGUCUGACACAGCACGUGUCUGGCCUGCUCUUCCUCAUGGCAGGGGUCUUCUGCACCAUCUCUCUGUGCACCUACGCGGCCAGCGUGACCUACGACCUCUCCAGGAACCCCCCCUUCAUCUACGGCAUCCCCCAGGACGUAGACCAUGGUUACGGCUGGUCUGUGCACUGUGCCUGGGCCAGUCUGGCUCUCAGCGUGGCGUCCGGCUGCCUCGCCGCCAUCUUCCCCUCCUGCAGCCGCUCGGGACGUCUGCGCUCCAAAGCGGCCCGCGCCUCCUCCGUCUGACUCCGCCCCCCCCGCUGAGGCUUCUCUUGUUUGCACGGUUACCAUGGUGACGUCCCGCUACUGACCAUUACGCAACCAGCAGAUCACAUGACCGGAAGAUGGCCUGCCUGUAAGUGUGUGUGUGUAAAUAGUGUUGAUGACGUCAUCGCACACCUGAACUUCUACUAGUGUGCACAUACUGCAGUUACCAUGACAACGCAGCACCUUUAAUCACCGGCACGCCCCUUAAAGGGACAACAUCAUUCUUAUAUUCACCUUGCAGUCAACUGACCCUACACUUGGUACUACUGCAGUAAUACUACUAGUACUACCCCUGUGAUACUACUAGUACUACCCCUGUGAUACUACUAGUACUACCCCUGUAAUACUACUAGUACUACCCCUGUAAUACUACUAGUACUACCCCUGUAAUACUACUAGUACUACCCCUGUAAUACUACUAGUACUACCCCUGUGAUAC